AAGGAGAUGCCGGCUCGUCACUACUACCAGGCCCUCAAUGAAGCUCUACCUUGGCCAGCUGGUUAUUCCCUUUGGGAAAUAUGCUGGCCAAAGCUUCAUGUGGCUGGUAGCGAAUGAUGUGGGCUACUUAAAAUAUCUGCUUGACCGCCAUAUUGCGGAGAGCUAGGACCCGGGCAGGACAGGAGGAACCAGGGAGAAAGACUGGGUGAAGGACUGUCUCCUCCGUUAUGUGGAGUUUUUCCCCUCAGUCUCCUGCCACCUGGAGAAAAAUGUGGACAGGGCCAUUUAUGGACAGGGUCGCUUUAAGUCCUUCACCUUUCAGGAGAUGUGGCAGUGGUACAGCCUGCACAAGUGCCUAAAGUUUAACAAGCGCUUCUCUCCCGCCCACCUGCUUGACUCCAGGAAGAACCGGCUGAUGUACUGCAUCGUUAAACAGCUCUGGCUUCACCCGGACUGCAGGAAAAAGGCUCGCGGCUCCCCUCUCAAGCACCAGAUCACCACACUCUACCAGCGGGUGCAACAGAGAGUGACCGUGGAUGACGCUGAACUCAGCAAACUAGGGAUUCCCAUCCUGAAAAUGAACAACAAAUCUGUUGCUGAGUUCAUAAGGAGACAAGAAGCCUUCUCAGCCACAAACGUGACGGAUCGAGGUUUGUCUAUCCUCCAGCGUCCGCAGAGCAUCACCAGCACCAGCCUACCUCCCGCUGCAGAGCUCCCGGAUGAGAGGCCGCACACCAGCCGACCUCAAGUGCAGUAUGAGGUCACUCCAUCUCUGGCUGGCACGCGGAAACGCAAAGUGCCGCAUGACAACCUAACGUCUGCACCCCAACCUCAGCAAUCAAUAGCGGCAGCGGCAGCGACGGUCACCACGGCAGCAGGACUCCAGCCCCAGCCCCAGCCCUUGUUCGUGUUCCUGCCACUCCGUAGACCAGCUCUUCCCCCCCAGCUGCUGCCGCCGCCUGUUUUCCUGCCGCCUCCCGCACUGCCACAAGCCAGAUCUACUCUGUACAAGAGGAAAAAAACAGAGCUGGGCGCUACACGGCCCCAGAGCACAGUACAAAAGCACACAUGCACACUUUGUGGCCAGUCCACUCAAGGACACAUAAAAUACAGGAAAAAAACAUACUGUCAGCAAUCCAAAUUAUCCACAUCCAAAGGCCUCACUGGAAAGACUUUUGUAAAUAUCACAGACUUCCAUAUGGCAGUGGACGAGCUUCUGGCCUCUCAGUCCCAGGCCCCUUAGAGCAGCUCUCGAAUGC